AUGUCGGUCAACUUCCUGGCUAGGGCGUCAAGGCAGUCAGUCCGGAGGGUGGCAACAGGAAGCCGCAGCGAAGUAAUCACACUACUUCGGGCCCGGCGGUACGCCUCGAGCAGCACUGCUUCGUCGACUGGGCAAAGCUCGUCGGGAUCAAUAGGCACCUCGUCUGUAGUUGCCGUAGCUUUGGCCGCUGGUCUCAUCGGAUAUGGCGCCGCAGUAUCUCUCGGCGCCGGCGGUACUGUCCGGGAUGAUACCCCCAUCAUACAUGACAGUAGGUUGCCGACGCCCAAGUAUGCAAGCCUGGCGGAUAUGAACAAGGCCAUUGACGAGAUACGGCGUGAGCUGGGCGACCACGACAUCAUCUCGACGGACCCAGACGACCUCCACGCGCAUGGGUACUCGGAGUGGUCAACCGUCAACCCGACGACCCUCCCCGUAGCCGUGGCCUACCCGCACAGCACCGAGCAGGUUGCCGUAAUCGCCCGCAUAUGCAACAAGCGGCGGGUGCCGCUGAUUCCGUAUUCUGGAGGAACGUCGCUAGAGGGCAACUUCUCGGCGCCGUUUGGCGGCGUCAGUGUCGACUUUGCAUUUAUGGAUAAGAUCUUGCGGUUCAGCAAAGACGACAUGGAUGUCACGGUGCAGCCGAGUAUAGGGUGGCAGGACUUGAAUUCACAGCUGCUCAAGAUGGAUGCGGGGCUGUUCUUCCCAAUCGACCCCGGCCCAAGUGCAAAGAUUGGUGGAAUGGUGGGCACCAACUGCUCGGGGACGAACGCCGUCAGGUAUGGUACCAUGAGAGACUGGGUCAUCAACUUGACAGUUGUGCUGGCUGACGGGUCGGUCAUCAAGACGAGAAAGAGGCCGAGAAAGUCGUCUGCCGGGUAUAACCUCAACGGUCUGUUUGUUGGGUCCGAGGGCACCCUUGGUCUCGUGACUGAAGCCACUCUCAAGCUUGCAGUUAUUCCAGAAGAGCUCUCGGUAGCUGUCGUUACCUUCCCCUCGAUCCGUGACGCGGCAGCGGCAGCAGCCGGUGUGAUGCAAGCCGGAGUUCCAGUAGCGGCCAUGGAGAUCAUGGACGAGGUGCAGAUGCGGGUGGUGAACCUGAGCGGGGCGACGGCGCCUCGCAAGUGGCAGGAGACGCCGACGCUCUUUUUCAAGUUUUCCGGGACCAAAGCGGGCGUCAAGGAGAACAUAGGCCGGGUGCAGCAGAUCACCAAGGCCAACAAGGGCAGCAACUUUGAGUUCGCCAAGGAUGAGCGCGAGCAGAAGCUGCUGUGGUCGGCGCGCAAGGAGUCGCUGUGGUCGAUGCUGGCGCUGCGCAAGGAGGGCCAGGAGGUCUUUAGCACUGACGUUGCCGUGCCGUUCUCCCGGCUGGCGGACCUGAUCGAGGUCAGCAAGCGUGACAUGGACAAUCUUGGACUUUUUGCGAGCAUUCUGGGCCACAUUGGUGACGGCAACUUUCACGAGAGCAUCAUGUAUAACCGUGGGGAUCCGGUAGAGAGGGCAAAGGUCGAGGACUGCGUCAAGAACAUGGUCAGCAGAGCUCUGGAAAUGGAGGGCACUUGCACGGGUGAACAUGGCAUUGGCUGGGGUAAGAAGGGAUCUCUUUUGGCUGAGCUGGGCCCAGGGACCGUUGGAAUUAUGAAAGCCAUCAAGGCCGCAUUGGACCCCCAUUGGAUUAUUCCAACAAGGCGCGGUCCAAGGCCCUUUCAGCACUCAGCAAUCUCCCACAUUGGUGUUCCAGUGGAACGAUGGAAGGACUAUACUUCCAUGGAGCUCAAACUGUUUGGGCUUCCUAUGAACAUCACCACUUGGGAAAUCUGGCGUGCUUUUGAUCUUCAGGGUGACGUCCUUGCUAUCGACAUCUUCGAGGGAAAAUUCGGGUCCAUGGCCAGGGUCCGCAUUACACCACCACUCACGGACCUGUGGCAUGGAAGACUUGAAAUCCGCCGCGAUGUACAACCUAUGGUCGUCUCACGCGUGGAGAUCGAUCCCCGUGGGUUUAAGUUCCAAAAUGAAAUCAGGAGUCCACUCAACAAUCCGGUUCCAUCCGAAAAAUCUAUCCGGGCAUCGAGCCUCUCCGUCGGCUUAAUGACUGACAAGACCUGCAUGUUGGUAAUGGGAACUAUCAAGCCGCUGCAAAAGCCCGGUGACUUGAAACUCGAGAUCAAGUUCUCAAGGAGAAGGCUCAAGCUCUUCUUUACGUUAGCGCUAUUAGACACGCAGGAUCCCUCCAAGAACUCCUACCGUCACUUUCGCUAUCAAAUCGACGUCCACUUUCGGAGCAUCACCAAACUACUUCGAGUCAACAUCAACCAAGAUAGCUGCUUUUUGCUCAUGCCGCUUGAAUGCCCUCCCGAGUUCUUUCGUGAGAUCGACAACAAACGCAUCACGCAUGACGAUGAUAGCCUCACAUGGUCUUCUGUCAUGAUCUGGCAAAGACAAGUUUACUUUCGGGAUGAGCCUCAACUGACUGAUGAUAUGCCCCUUGGCCUCAAUGAAGAGCAUGCUCAGUUCAUGGACCUUGGUCGUUGGACUACUUACCGCAUCGAGCUUCCCAUUUGCGAGUGGAGUGCCAUGGAGCGCUAUCUAAGCGAUUACGGAAUUGCCACCCAAGAACUUCCGGGUUUUGACUUUGAAAGCCCCGAUGACCAUCCCACAGUCCUCUGGGACCAUCUGGAGAAGCCGCUGACCCCUGAAAGUGAUAACUAUGGACUUGAAAUGCUUUUUUCUUCCACCAAGGUCCAGUUGACCUGGGAGGUCAGGUAUCAGCUUGAAGCAUGCAUUUCUCAUCAUAUGCUGGCCGAGCCCAACAUUACCCUUGAGUUUCUUGAGAAACUUUCCGAAAUGAGGCCCACCAAGGCCAGGAUCAUGCUCGAGUAUCUGGUUGAUAGAAAUGUCAAGCUAUUUGAUCCUAUGCAACUUUUCAAGGAUGAAUCCGCUUGCACUUACUGGCCAGAUAUCACGCCGGAGGAGCUUCCACAGUACUGCACCAUGACACGAAAGGUUACUGUCACCCCGUCAACGAUGUAUUUGAGUAGUCCUAUGGUUGAGACCACAAACAGGGUCCUAAGGCACUACAGCGAACACAAAGAUCGUUUCCUACGUGUCCAGUUCACGGACGAGCUCUUAACUGGACGCCUUCAUGCGUCCAAUGACUUGGGCGUUAAUGACGAAAUCUUCAAUCGAGUGUACCGCACCCUGAAGAAUGGCAUUCACAUUGGCGAUCGACACUACAAGUUUUUAGCAUUCGGAUCAUCGCAGAUGCGGGAGAAUUCUACCUACUUCUUUUGCGAUACCGGCGACAUCACUUGUGAUAGCAUCCGCGCCUGGAUGGGCAGGUUCAGUCACAUUCGUAACGUUGGCAAAUAUGCGGCACGUUUGGGGCAGUGUUUCUCGACCACACGGAGUAUUGACAGGGUGGCAAUGCCCUGGAUCAAGACCAUUCCAGACGUUGAGAGGAAUGGAUACUGCUUCACAGAUGGUGUUGGCAAAAUCUCCAGCUUGUGGGCAGUUGUCAUUUCAGAGAGCCUGAAGCUGAGCUAUAUCCCUUCGGCCUUCCAGUUCCGCAUGGGCGGCUGUAAGGGUGUUCUAGUGGUGUGGGACGACGUGAAAGGCCAGGAGAUUCACAUACGCCCUUCCCAGCUCAAGUUCGAAACUGACCAUAGCCGCCUUGAAGUAAUUCGCUGUUCUCACUUCUCCGUGGCGUCUCUUAACCGACAAACAAUCUCCGUUUUGACUUCCCUGGGGAUCAAGGACGAAGUAUUUGAAAGCAUGCUGGCAGAGCAGCUGACAAAAUACAAUAGGGCGAUGGAAGAUGCGGCAGCGGCUACAGCUCUCCUGACCCAGUACGUUGAUGAAAAUCAAAUGACUAACACCCUUGCCCAGCUUGUCAAAGCUGGCUUUAUGGAGUCGCAUGAGCCUUUUGUCUGCACCAUGCUGCGCUUAUGGAGGACUUGGUCCGUCAAGACUCUCAAGGAAAAGGCGAGACUCGUUGUCGAGAAAGGUGCCUUCGUUCUUGGCUGUGUCGAUGAAACCAAGACCUUACAAGGUCACUUCACCCAGAUUCCCGCCAGUCCAAACCAGCGGCCCCGCCUCAACGGCAAUAUGAAGCUGCCUGAGAUAUUCCUCCAGGUCCCCGACGGCCCUGGUGGUGACUAUAAAGUCAUCACCGGACUGUGCCUAGUUGGCCGCAACCCUUCCUUGCACCCUGGAGACAUCCGCGUCGUCCAGGCAGUUGAUACCCCUCAAUUGCAUCACAUCAAGGACCUCGUUGUUUUUGCCCAAACGGGAGAUAGAGACAUUCCUGGCAUGUGCUCUGGAGGAGACUUGGAUGGGGACGAUUUUUUCGUCUUGUGGGAUGAGCGGCUCCUCCCUUCGCCUUCGCAGCGCAAUUUCAAGCCGGCAAGUUAUCAUCCGCCUCACUCCCGAGAGCUUGACCGCGAAGUUACGGCGGAUGAUCUUUGCCAGUUUUUUGUCACAUACAUGAAGAACUUUUCACUUCCAAGGAUCGCUCAUGCUCACCUAGCGCAGGCAGACAAAUACGGCGCAAAAGACGAAAAGUGUCUGGAACUGGCCGAUUUGCACUCGUUGGCGGUUGACUACCCCAAAACGGGAGUACCAGCGGUCAUCAGGCCUAGAUUGAUGCCAAAUGAGUUCCCACACUUUAUGGAAAAGGGGGGCCGCCAAUACCAUUCAAGAAACAUUCUAGGGAAGCUUUACGACCAGGUCAAACCAGUUAGUUUUCAUCCCGCAUACGAAAUGCCUUUCGACGUCAAAGUUCUCAGCCAGUACGAGAAGCUCGGUCAACAUGGGGAUCUUGGCCCUAAACUACUCAGAGAAGCAAGAAAGCUCAAAACUCUGUAUGAUCAGUCGAUCAUGCGCAUUAUGGGGCAGCACGAAAUCGCCACUGAGUUCGAGGUCUUUUCGGCGUUCGUCCUCGCAAGCCGUCGUGUUGGAAGUCAGUACAAACUCCAAGAAAUCGUAGGACAACAGUCAGCCACCCUCAAGAUGGUCUUUCAGGAGAAAUGCAUUGCCGCACUGGAGGCUGCUUCUGGACGAACAGGCAUCAAGCCGCGAGACAUAGAAGCCCUUGGACCCUUGGUUGUUGCCAUGUACAAGGUCACUGACGAGGAAAUCAAAAUUGCACUGCAUGAGUGCAAGACUCGGGGGGUGGCUGCAAACCCCCAGUCUAUGCCCUUGAUAACGUUUCCCUGGAUCUUUGACCAGGUUCUGGUUCAGCUGGUCACUGGUAAAUCUAACCUUCCCUGCUCGACCCCUAACCUAAACGCAGGGUCCACAGUCAUAGACUUGGACCAUCCUGAGCUUCCGAUUCGGCUGGGUGAUCUCAGCUACCAAGAAAUCCAUGAUAUUGAGUAUGCGCGCACGCGUGAUGGACAUGUGAUCCACCGUGGCGUGGUCUUGAGCGGUCUCUUUCGUGCCGGAGAGGGUGGCGACGACUAUGCUUACGAUCCUGACUUGCAACCUGAUACGGACAAGCCCGAAGAUAGGGACGAUGAGCUGACGCACCAAGAACCCCAAAACAGCUUGAUUGCAUUGCAGGCAACUGAAUCAACCACAUACAAGCCGAAAAAUGAAAACUAUGACCUGCUGUCUGGUAUUAGCUUCAUAGCAUCUCAUGAUUUGCAGGAAAACAAUACGGCGUCUCUAUGUUCUGCAAGUGAAAAGCGGACGGCAGCAAAAUCUGUGGCUACGUCAGCCAUGGCGGCGGCGACGAAGAAGGGAGUAGAUAUGACCAAUGGCAGCAGAGAUUUAAUUGAACUCGGGCAGAAAUUGGCGUCAACCAAGCCUGAGACAGCUGUCGACCGACUAUUGAGCAUGUUCUCAGACGACUGA